UUCUAGGGUUCGUAGAUACGGUAAAAAGGAUUUAGCUGCCCACUCGAAGAAAACUACAAUCUGGGCUUCGAGAGUGAGAAAGUGACGAAAUUUGACGGUAGGUUUGGUUUUGUCAUGACAAUUUAUGCGUUUUUAACUUGCGUUAUCGGUCACUUGUGGUGAAUUUCUUCUCUUCUGUUAAUUUCAAUUACGCCGUGAUCCUUUGUUUGGAGACGAGAGGUUUUUGUUACCAUUAGAGUUAGGGUAUUCUGCAUUUCGGAUUUGUGGCGCAUUUUGAGCUAGAUGCCGCAUGAAUUUUGUGAAUAGAUGGAAUUAGGGGUUCUGGUGCGCGUACAUUGUAUAUGGAGUUCGUAUUCUUGCUCCGGAGGUGUUCAAGAUUGUAGAUUUGAAUGCUAAGCAAAACCUUCGGCUUGGUUUGGUUUCAUUUGUUUCCGAUACAUCCAUCCAAAAACAAAUGAAGAGUUCAUAUUUUUAAAAUCCCAACCAUGUUUUUCAGUUAACAUUGAAUAGUUAUGGUUUGUUUGCUUCACUUUGAAUGCCCCUAGGAUAAGCAUUAGUAAUGGUGCACUGUUUUGCGCAGUUCAGUGUUUGGUGGUUUCUGAAAUGCGAAUGUUUAUGUACGAGGAAUAACGGCUUCAUGGUGUAAUUAGAAGGGGUUAAGAUAGGUAUUGUCUGAAUACAAACAAGAUAAAUAUUAGAAUAAAAGGAUGGUACUUCAUCAUAAUUGGACUAUAGUAGAUUGUAAUGUAAGUUUGAAGUCCCCACGACCAUCCACUUGCUGUAGGUCUGUAUAUGCCUAUGCAUGGUUUUGCUAAUCAAGUUCACAUCAAAAUAUUCAAGGUGUAGUGAAUUGUCCUAAUACCUAAUACGAGAGAUGUUUCUGUUAAAUGCAUUUAAGGUUGCGCAUUUGUCACAUUUAUGGUUCCUGUGCAUUAUAUGGCUGCAGGAAAAUUACAGACUGGACAUGUGUUCUGGAAGUGAUAUUAAUCUUUUAAGCAAUUGGUCAUUCUAAUUAUCCAACCUGUAGCUUUUGACUUAUUGGGGAUACCUCUUACACCAUUCUCUGUUUUUUUCCUAUUGGAUAAAUAUGGUCUAUCAUGAUUUUCAUUUCCUUUUAAACUGUUUCCCAUUUCUAAUUACUUGCUCAUCCCCUCCUUUUGUUUGUUCAUUUGCUUUGAGUGCAUUGGUCCUAUAAAAUUGAUAUAGACUGAAUGUUUGGCCUUGUUCUUUCUUUUCCGGCAAUGGUCAUUAUCUAUAUUUCAAGAUAUUCAAUGCUUCGUUGGUUUUGUACCUUAUUGAGCAUCAUGCUCCUACAAUUGAGCAUUCUUUCUUGCCUGUUCUUGCUUGUAGUACAUUUUGUCACCCCUUGUUUUAACUUUGUUCACUUUGAAACUCCUCGGAACCAUACCUCAUGGACCCAAUUCAAUCAAUUUUCUUACUCUGGAGCUCCUUAUGCCCUUUCUUUUUGCUAUUGCCGAUCCACAAUUUUCUUCUUUCUUUUGCAAAUGUAUCUGGCUUCUGCACUUUCCUCAGAGCGGCUAUAGAAGUUUGUUUUCUUGGAGAUAUAAGAUGCCAAGAACCAGGGCCAAUGCUGCUAAAUCUGCUGAACCUGAGAAGCCUGUUGAGGAUGAAGAACAGGUUGAACUUGGUGCUGACAAUGACAUGGAUGAGGAGGAAGUUGAGUAUGAAGAAGUAGAGGAAGAGGUAGAAGAGGAAGAAGAGGAAGUUGAGGAAGAGGUUGAAGAGGAAGUUGAGGAAGAAGAGGAAGAGGAGGAAAAUGAUGCACGAAAGGAACCUGAUGGUGAUGAUGAAAUGGAAAAUGCUGAAGGUGAGGACGUGAAGAGAGGGCAUGCCGCACUUCUUGCACUUCCUGAACAUGGUUCCGAGGUGUACCUUGGUGGAAUUUUGCAAGAUACUUCUGAAGAUGAACUGAAGCGAUUUUGUGAAUCAAUUGGGGAGGUUACAGAGGUCAGAAUAAUGAAGGGAAAGGACUCAACUGAGAACAAGGGUUAUGCUUUUGUAACCUUCAGGACCAAAGAAUUGGCCAGUAAGGCUAUUAAGGAGCUUAACAAUAAAGAACUAAAGGGGAAGAGGCUGAAAUGCUCUACAUCUCAAGCAAAACAUAAGCUGUUCAUAGGUAAUGUGCCCAGGAAUUGGAGAGAGGAGGAUAUCAAGAAGGUUGUAAAUAAAGUUGGGCCUGGUGUUGUUGCCGUGGAACUUUUAAAGGACCCACAAAACUCAAGUCGGAAUCGCGGAUUUGUGUUCAUCGAGUAUUACAAUCAUGCAUGUGCUGAGUAUGCCAGGCAGAAAAUGUCAAAUCCAAAUUUCAAGCUAGACGAUAACUCUCCAACUGUGAGUUGGGCGGAUCCUAAAAGUGCAGAAUCUUCGUCUUCUCAGGUCAAAGCAGUCUAUGUGAAGAACUUGCCAAAAGAUGUAACCCAGGAUCAGCUUAAGGAACUGUUUGAGCAUCAUGGGAAGAUUACAAAAGUUGUUCUUCCCCCAGCCAAACCUGGUCAGGAGAAGAGCCGAUAUGGCUUUGUUCACUUUGCAGAAAGAUCGAGUGCAAUGAAAGCUCUGAAGAAUACAGAGAAGUAUGAGAUUGAUGGUCAAGUUGUAGAAUGCUCGCUUGCGAAGCCACAAGCUGAUCAGAAAUCUGCUGGGGGUUCGAACUCACAGAAGGGAGCUAUAUUUCCAUCCUAUCCACCUAAUAUGGGAUAUGGUUUGGUUGGAGCAUCUUAUGGUUUGGGUGCUGGAUAUUCGGGUGCAAACUUUGCCCAACCGCCACUGAUCUAUGGAAGGGGAGGUGCUCCUGGAAUGGCCAUGAUGCCCAUGCUUUUGCCUGAUGGGAGGAUUGGAUAUGUCAUGCAACAGCCUGGAGUGCAGCCUCACACCCCACCACCACAGCAAAGAGGCGGCCGUGGCAGUGGGGGAGGCGGAAGUUCAGGCGGGGGAAGACGUGGCCAUGGUCAUGACAGCGGGCGGGGGCGUAGCCGUUAUAAUCCUUAUUGAUUCUGAUUUAAAUUGGCUUCUGGUGUCUUGUUGUGGUGGAGGAGCAUGAAUCGUGUAGUCUCUGAAUUUAUUUAUGGAUCAUGGGAGUGAGUGUCAUAUUAUAUUGAAUCUGUCAUGAGAAGUGAACAUGCCAAUGCCAAUUAAUGCAAAAAUGUAGUUCAGUGCA